AUGGGACGAGUCGAGCAGCGCUACAUCUCGGCUGCAGCCUCGCGCAACCACGCCUCGGCCGCCCGCCCUCAAGACGGCCUCGUCGCCUUCGCCAGCGGCCAUCUCGUCGCCCUCUGGCAAUCCGCCGACGAGCGAUCUGCCGGGGUCACGCGCACGCUCGCAGGACACGGUGCCGACGUCGCCUCGCUCGCCUUUGCCCAGUCGGCUCAAGCCAGCGACUGCUUCGUGUCGGGCGACGCAAAGGGCGACGUGCGCAUCUGGACUCAGCUCGAUCGACAGUGGACGACCCUCGCCGUUCUUCCCGCAGCGCACUCUGGCUCGGUGUCUGCUGUCGAGGCGGUCGAGAUCCUGCGCGAUGGCGGCGAGAAGGAGUACCUCGUCCUGACCGGCGGGUCGGACGGCGUCGUCAAGGUUUGGACCGUGUCGCUCGAGGGCAAAGCUUCUCUUGCGCAGACGAUCUCGCUCAAGGGCAAGAUUCCGCUCGCGCUCGCCUUGACCAACCUGCCGUCCUCGUCAAGCUUUCUUCUCGCUGUCGGCGGAACCGAGGCCCGCGUGCAGCUGUACACGAGCUCUCAGCAAAACCUCGAGUUCCGCAAGUCGCUGUCGCUCGAGGGCCACGCCGACUGGGUCCGCUGCCUGUCGUUCACCACGCCGAUCCCGCCCUCUGCCGACUCGACCGCGUCCACGUCGACCGCGUACGACAUCGCGCCCGGCGAGGUCCUCCUCGCGUCGGGCUCGCAGGACAACUACAUCCGCCUGUGGCGCAUCAGCCGUCGGAGCACGACCGUCGCCGAGAGCGCACCCGCACACGCCGCCGCCGCGUCCGGGCUUGACGCCCUCGAGGAGGCGCUCGCCGCCGUCGAUGACGGCGAGCUGCGCGUCAAGGCGCACGACUUUACCGUCGCAGGCGACGGCGAGUUCAGCUGCGCGAGCGAGGCCGUUCUGCUCGGGCACGACGCCUGGGUCACGGCGCUCAACUGGGCGCCCUCGUCCACGUCAUCCACCUCGUCGCUCCGCCUCCUGUCCGCCUCGGCCGACCGCUCCCUCAUCCUGUGGAACCCCGUCGCUUCUGGGCCUUCCCUAUCCUCUUCUACCGCCGCACCCACACCCGCACCCGCUCCCUCGACCUCGAGCUCGAGCCCGUCCAUCUGGUCCUCGACCCAUCGCUUCGGCGAGUUCACCUCGUCGACCAACCUCGGCUUCUUCGGCGCCCUGUGGGGGCUCGACGCGCGCACGGUGCUCGCGAGCGGGUGGGGCGGCAGCUGGCACGUGUGGAGGUGCGGCGGCGCCGGCGGCGGUUCGGCGGGAGCGGGUCAGGAGGACGAGGAAGGCGACGACGGCGAGUGGGUGCCGCAGGUGGCGGUCAGUGGGCAUCAUGGGAGCGUCAAGCAGGUCGUCUGGGAGGGCGAGGGCCAAUACUUGCUCAGCGCGAGCUCCGACAUGUCUGCUCGGCUACAUGCACCUUGGCGGCGACAGAUCAAGAACGAGCCUGUCGAGACUUGGCACGAGCUCGGUCGGCCGCAGAUCCACGGCUAUCCGCUCGCCUCGGUCGCCUUCACGUCGCCCAACAAGCGCCUGCAGUUCGUGAGCGGCGCCGACGAGAAGAUUGUGCGCGUGUUCGACGCGCCGAAAACGUGGGUCCAGACGUUGCGGGCGCUCUCGGGCGUCGACGUCGGUGACGAGGAGUCGCGGCCGAUGGCGGCCAACGUACCACCGCUCGGGCUCUCGAACCGGGCGAUCGCCACCGAGGCCGACAACCUCGCUCCCGCCUCGAACGACCCGUUCGACGCCGUCACGCCCGUCAACUUUACCGUGUCCGAGCAACCGCCACUCGAGGAGCAACUUCUCGGCUCGCUGCUGUGGCCCGAGGUCGAGAAGCUCUACGGCCACGCCUUCGAGCUCGUCGCCGUCGCAUCUGCCCACUCGGCGCCGCUCAUAGCGACCGCCUGCAAGGCGACAGCACCCGAGCACGCCGUCGUGCGCCUGUACAACACCGACUCGUGGCAGCCCGUCGGGACCGUUCUCGACGGCCAUUCCCUCACCAUCACCAAGCUUGUCUUCAGCCCGAGCUCGACCGGCGACAAGAGCGAGGUCGACAGGUGGCUGUUGAGCGUGAGCAGGGACCGGUCGUGGCGGCUGUACGAGCGAGGUGAGGGCGAGGGUCAAGGCGAGUACCGGCCGUGCGCAGCCGUCAAGUCGCACGCCCGCAUCAUCUGGGACGCGGCAUGGGCGAGCGACGCGAGCUUCUUUGCGACCGCCUCGAGGGACAAGACGGUCAAGGUCUGGGCGCAGGAGGGCGCGAGCUGGACGAGCGUCGCGACGCUCAAGUUCGAGGACGCGUGCACCUCGGUCGCGGCGAGCUUUGACGAGGACAAGCGGAUGCACGUCCUCGCCGUCGGCCUCGAGAGCGGCGAGAUCCACCUCUUCACCGCCACGCCCGACUCGCUCUCGAGCUGGACGCCGCUCGCCAAGCUCACCUCGAGCGUCGCCCACGUCCUCGCAGUCACCACGCUCGCCUUCUGCCCUCGCCGCCCUUCCUCCUCGAUGCUGCGACUCGCGAGCGGGUCAGACGACCACUCGGUCCGCAUCUUCGACGUCGAGCUGUAG